AUGGAGCAAGAGAAGGCUAGAUGCAUAUUCGCUUUCGCUCAGAAUUUGCAAGUUGGUGUUACAGUAAGAUACCACGCAAAUGUCAAGUAUGCAUUUCAAAUUGCGAUCCCCAACCUCUGCCGUGAAGUACCGGAUCAGAUGAUCUGGUGAUCACUGAUUACUACUUUGUGUAAGCGAUCGUUUGUCACCUUGCCUCUAGACCACACAGAACAUCAAUUGAGAAAGUCAAAGAACGGGACCGAGUACGACUAGUCGCAGUGGCAAAUCAAACCCUUCCAACCCCUCACAGAAAAGCUCUUUGACGGGAGAAGGGACAAAGAAUAUCGCAACUGCAAAUACUUCAAAUAGCAAAAAGAUGUUUCGCAGACGCCGAAAGAUGGGAAGGGGAGACCUCGAGAGCCUGGGAAAUACUUUCGACAUGCAGGAUACAGUAAACGAUACUGGAGCAAAAGCUCAUGUAAGUGGUGAGGAUAUAAGGCUGGUGCGGUUGAAGCAGAUUAAUUCCGAAAAUGGGAGGGAGACUCCAAAUACACACAGCAGAGCGAAGUGGGUUCAAAUCAUAUACAAGUACAGCGGGAGUUUCAUGUUCAAAGAGAUUAGUAGAGGUCACUGA